AUUCAUAUUCUUGAUUUCGUUGCCAGAAAUCAGCUGAGUGACACUGUCUUGAUGGAAGAAAUGUCCAAACUGUUUGGUCCCCGGCAAGACGUUACCGUAGUUGACCCAUUAAUAUGGGACGUCGUGGAGAGAGGGCAAAUCGCUGUGCCAACUGAACAGCUGAGAAGCUUAUUUACCGGAAUCUUUGACCAAAAAAUGCUGCUUCCUGUAAAUUGCAGUGACACACACUGGUGUGCACUCAUGGUUUGA